AUGGGCACCCACGGGACCUACAUUCUGAUAGACACCACCCCUGCCAAGACCAUUUUGGUGUACCGCAACGGGGACCAGUAUUAUGUGGGCAAGAAGUUUGUCUUCAACCGGCGGCGGGUGGCGUCUUUCGAGGCCUUCUUGAACCAGCUGAACGAGGAGAUCGAGGUGCCCUUCGGCGUGCGGCGCAUCUACACACCCACUCAUGGCCACCAGGUCCAGGAUCUGGACACUUUGCAACAAGGGGCCAAGUACGUGGCCGCCGGUAGAGAGCGUUUCAAGAAGCUAGAUUAUUUUCACAUAGUUCCCAGAAGACCUGGAAAGAUGAGGAAGCUCAAGGAAAUCAAACCUGUGGUACACUGUGAAAUGAAUGUACCUUCCAGGUGGCGAACAUAUAAUCGAGUGUCUCGACAUAUAAAUGUUUUCACAAAUGGAAAAUUACUUAUUCCACCUGUAAAAAUAAUUAUACCCAAAUUCAGUCUAUCAGAUUGGAGUAAUGUGCUGGCUAUUAUUGGAGAAAAAGUCUUCCCUCCAGGAGGUGUGCGAAAAUUAUUUACAAUGAAUGGGCAUCUUUUGGAAAACUCGACGGAAUUGCAAGAUAAUAAUUUUUAUGUUGCAGCAGGAUUGGAGAACUUUAAACGUUUUUCUUACUGGAAGUCCUCAAAAGUUCCUAGUGACGUCCAACAAAAGUACGCCGAAAUUGAAAAACAUCCACAGAAAAAGAAGAAUGAGAAUUCCAAAGGGAAAGAACCUAGUAAACAGGAAGGCAUACCAAAUGAAGCACAAGAUUCUGUUUUCUAUGCAAAAGAAGGAAAGCAACAGACUUUGGUAGAACCUUCUGGGGCAGAAGGUGAUGUGUAUAAAGCUCGGACUGCUAACGCAGAAACCCAAGGGGCCCUAGAAGUGAAAGAAGACCAGGAUGUGAAAGUGGAAGUACCUGUGGAUCAGACACCAGCUGAGACAGUUAAAGAAGACGAAGAGUGCUGUGAUAAGACAUCAGAUUUGGAAGGCAGCGAAGUUUGUUUUUCUUCAGAUUCUAAUCUUUACAUAGGCUUUGGAAAACGUUGUGGGAUAGCACCUGCAGAUCUCAAUUGA